GUCGGGCACACAGUGACGACUCGUUACUGUUUUUCUGUCAAUAUUAUUUGACUUUGCGUAAAAAUAAAAUUCAGCCAAUUUAAAAUGGCUGAGCAACUCGAUAAAGAAAUCGAGCCGGUAGCCGCAGAGAAGAAGCCUCUGCCUGAAGAAAAUGAUAUCGCCAAGCCGCUCAAGAUGUCCUUUGCAGACUGGAAAAAGAACAAGGAAGCUAAGGAGCAGUCAGAGCCAGAGUCUGAAACGGAAAUUUUUAAUGCAAGAAAACUACAUAAAAACGGCAACAAACCACCAAGCAAUAACAGAAACAAUAACAAUAAUAUCAGUAAUGGCAAUAACAAUCGUUUUUUACCACCUUUGAGUCGUCCACCACCAAUGACAUUUCCAAUCAUAAAUUUCAAUAACUUUGGCCCGGGUCCGAAUCCUAUGAUGUCGCCCUGUAACAUGGGUCCAGCACCGCGUUGUCAUCGACCGUUACAGCCACCACCGUUUUGGGAAGAUAUGAUGUCGCCACAGCAUCAGCCUCCGCCGCCAAUACAACCGCCAAUGCCCAAGUGUCCCAGUCUGUGGAAUCUGGUACCCAAGGAUAAGGCACCGCUGCGUCAAAACAAAAAGCCUCAAUAUCAACCCAACAAGAAAUACAAAAUAAGCAAUAAUAAUUCCAGCACAGAUACCGCGUUAAUGCCGCCACCUCCAGCGCCAAUGGGAAACAACAAUAAUGCACAUAGCAGUAGCAGCUCCACUGCCAAUGGCGUCAUACGCAAGAAAAAAGGAGGCACCUUUGUUCAAAUCGAUGGCAAGUGGAUACAAAAGCCUGAAGCACCGCUGCCACUGGAGGAGGCACCUCCCGGCACCAAGGAAGAACGUCAACGUCAGUGGAAGGAGUAUCGUCAGGCCAUGAAACCCUUCAAGAAUCGUGAAUUUCACAACUGGAAGCGCACUGUGCAGCGCUUGAGCAAGCUACCACGCGAUUCGCUGGACGAGAAGCAGCUGGAACGGCUACAAAAAGCCGAGGAAUACAUAGGCGCCCAUAAAGCUAUGCUGACCAUCAAGCAUGCUGAGCAGUGGGUGCAGCAGAAUAAUAAGCCGGAAUCUAGCAAUGCCCAGGGUCAGGUUUAUGUGCGAAAGCCAGCCCAUACCCCCUCCUGGGAGAAAAAAGACUUUUCACGCCAUCAUGCAACGGCACAUAAGCCACACUAUGCCACUGGACGUGCCAUUAAAGGCGGUGUUAUGUCCGAGCUAAACAGCCUGCCACCACUGCCGAGUGUAGCGCAGCCCAUAGGACAAUUUACAGAUGCAACCGCCAACGGAUUUUUUGGACAGACGCCAUGCUUUGGUGUAUUUGGACAGGAUGCCAACGCUGAUUCAACUGCUAAUAGCAAUAACUCCUACUUUCAAGGCUACAAUUCCAGCUUUGUUAAAGGCGGUACUUUACUGCCACCAUAGAGUCAAUAAGUCUUUAACUAUUGUAUAAGACACUCUUAUUAGUUGUAUUAACUUAUUUGUGCUAGUCUAGCGAUUAUAAUUUUACAGAAUAUUCUUAAAACAUUUGCAACGUGUAGAUAAAGCUUUUCAAUUUUUUUUUUGUAACUCGAAACGCUCAGAAGUUAU